GUGAAGCUCCGAGAAAACAAAAUAAACUAGUUGUUAAAAAGAUGGCUAUGGAUCCAUCGGAGGUGGAGUUCCUCGCCGAGAAAGAAACGGUGAAGAUAAUACCAAAUUUCAGUCUAGACAAGAUCUUUUUGAUCGGGGGCGACCUGGGGCCCUUCAACCCUGGACUGCCCGUUGAUGUUCCUGUGUGGCUGGCUCUGAACCUGAAACAGAGACAGAAAUGUCGAGUUAUUCCUCCUGACUGGAUGGAAGUUGAGAAACUGGAGGAGAUGCGAGAUCUUGAGAGGAAAGAGGAGACCUUUACGCCCGUUCCCAGUCCGUACUACAUGGAGCUGACCAAACUGCUACUGAACCACGCAUCUGACAACAUCCCUAAAGCAGAUGAGAUCCGCACGCUGGUGAAAGACAUCUGGGACACGCGUAUUGCCAAACUCCGCCUCUCUGCUGACAGCUUCAUCAGUCAACAGGAGGCCCAUGCCAAGCUGGACAACCUGACUCUGAUGGAGAUCAACACCGUACGAGCAUUCCUCCUUGAUUCUCUCAACUGCAUGUACAAACUCCGUUCCAAUCUGCAGCCGUCCUCCAGUAAAGGACAGUUCAUUGACUAUUGAUUAUCAGGAUCACGGCCUGCUGAACAGUCACUUGACUGGGAAGGCUGGGGUAACCGCCUCACACUGAGGUGUGUAUCGACUAACCAGGCUCUUCAUCACUGAAAAGACUUUUUUUCUCAGAAACUGAGCCAUUAGAUUCUGUUAAUGGCUCUUUAUUGUUCAGCAUUUUUAAGGUGUUAUUUUUCUUAAGGGGACACACUCUUUGGAUAAUAAUAUAAUUUAAUUUAGGAUACGCUUUGGACUUUAUAACA